AUACUGUUGGGCUGGGAAUUGUUUGUUGUUUAUUUCGUAGCAUUUAGAGAGCUUGUUCAAAAAGACUGUGGAUGAAACCGUGAAGCCACAGCAUGAUGCUCGUAUAGCCAGUAUUCCAAACCACAACAACUUUCGGCCAAAAACAAUCAUCAAAAUUUAGUUGUCAAAAAUUUAGAAAAAAAAAAACAAAAAAAUAAGCAAGUCCGGCAAAAGUGCAGCAGAACGUGGAGCACGGUGGAGAACGGACGGAGGGCAGAGAGCGGGCGUGUAGAAUGCGAGAGAUUGUGACACUGCAGAUCGGCGGCGCCGGCAAUGCCAUUGGCGAUGCGUUCUGGCAUGUGAUCUCGCACGAACACGGUGUGGACUAUGCAUCGGGGCAUUUUGGCGGCACCAGCCCACUGCAAUUGGAGCGCAUCAAUGUGUUCUUCAAUGCAACGGCCAGCAAGAGAUUCUAUGCACGGACCAUCAUCAUCGAUACGGAGGCGAGCACCAUACAGCGCCUGAAUGCCAGCAGCCAGCUGUACAGGCCGGAAAACUUUGUCGCCGGCUCGGAGAGUGCCGGCAAUAACUUUGCACGUGGCUAUCAUACCGACGGUGCCGAGAUACUCGACCAGGUGCUGGACAAUACGCGACGCGAGGUCGAAUCCGUGGAUUCGCUGCAAGGCUUUCAGCUGCUCCAUUCGAUUGGUGGCGGUACCGGCUCCGGUCUGACAUCGCUGAUCAUGGAGGCACUGGUCGAACAGUAUCCGGAUAAUCUGCUGUGCAACUAUGUGACCAUACCGUCACCGAACAUGUCCCAGGUGGUGGUUGAGCCAUAUAAUGCACUGCUCAGCAUUCCGGCGCUGGUGAACAACUCGCAUUUAACCUUUUGCCUGGACAACGAGGCGCUCUUUCAGAUCUGCAAUCGGAAUUUGAAAAUUCAAAUGUCCGGCUAUGAGCAUAUCAAUCAUAUUGUGGCCUUGACCAUGUCCGGUAUAACCACCUGCCUGCGCUUUCCCGGCCAGCUGAAUGCGGGCCUGCGCAAGAUCUAUGUAAACAUGGUCCCAUUUCCCCGGCUGCACUUCCUCAUACCGGGCUUUGCGCCGCUGGUCACCUGCAAGCAGCAGCAGUUUAGCAAGGGCACCGUCUCCGAGCUGGUGCAGCAGAUCUUCUCCAGCAACAAUCUGUUGUGCGCCAUCGAUUUGCGCAAGGGCAAGCUCCUAACUGCCGCCGGCAUCUUUCGCGGACGAAUGUCGCCGCGCGAGGUCGACCAACUGAUGACCGGGGUGCGCAACAAGAAUCUGCACAACUUCGUCGAUUGGAUACCGAACAACAUCAAGACGGCCAUCUGUGAUAUACCGCCGCGUGGCCUCAAGAUGUCUGCCACGUUCAUUGGCAACACGACCGCAAUUCAGACUCUGUUCCAGCGUCUGCUGGACGGCUCCUGCAUUAUGCUGCGCCGCAAGGCUCAUCUGCAUUGGUACACCGGCGAGGGCAUGGAGGAACGCGAAUUCACCGAUGCCCAGGAGGAGCUGCAGAACAUUAUCGAUGAUUAUCGUGGCAGUGGCGAUGGCGGCGAUGGCACCGGCGGCGGCGGCACCGGCGGCGCUGGAGCUGGAGGCAGCGGUGGCAACGAUGCGGAUAGCGGCGAUGAAGCGGCGGCUGGACCCCAAUGUACUUAUUGCACAGACUGAGGCAAUCAAUUGGCUAUAAUUAUUGUUGUUAAGCCCCAAAUAAAUGUUGUCGUUUCUGGCAUCUAGUUACGGGCGAA